AUGGCUUUCUUCGAGCCCCUGGGGGCCGGUUCUUCCCUCGCUGCUGCGGGGAGUACAGACACGGCUGCUGCUGCUGCUGUUGCUGCAGAGCCUUUGCUGCCAGCAGCAGCAGCACCAGCAGCAGCAGCAGCAGCAGCAGCAGCGGGCGGCGCCGCGGCGCACUCGCGGCGCGCGAGCCGCAGCAGCAGCGCCGCCGCCGCUGCUGCAGACGCAGAAGCAGCAGCAGCAGCAGCAGCAGCAGCAGCAGCAGAGGAGGCCCCCGGGCUGCUGCAGCUGCUGCCUUCGCUCUCGCUGCUGCCGCCGCUGCUGCACCGCUACGCAGGAACUUCUAAGGAGUCGCUGCUGGUGGGGUUGUUGUGCUGCUGCAUCAACGUGCUGCUGUACCUCACCAACGGGGUGCUGACGCGCGUGCUGCAGCAGCAGCAGCAGCAGCAGCAGCAGCAGCAGCAGGGCUGCCCCGGGGCCGCGGGCUGCGGUGUACGUACACCCCAGCCCCUCGCGGAAAACCUCCGAGUCCCUUAUUUGAUGGUUUGGGUCCCUCAAGUUUGCCAAAUAGUUUUUCUUUUUGUUGCAGUUCACCUCAUCAAACAAAAGUACAGCCCCCAGCAGCAGCAGCAGCAGCAGCAGCAGCAGCAGCAGCAGCAGUGCCGCCUCAUCAGCAUGCAGGACAUGCGGGCCGCCUGCAGCAGCAGCAGCAGCAGCAGCAGCAGCAGCAGCAGCUCCUUGGCGGAGGAAAGCGAAGGCCUGUACGCGGCGCUGAUGCCGCCGGAAGGCAGCAGCAAAGCCGCGGCCGAAGAAGACCUGGAGCUUGCUGCUGCUGCAGCAGCAGCAGCAGCAGCAGCAGCAGCAGCAGCAGCCCCCCCGCCGCCGCCCCGCCGCCCCGCAACAGCAGCAGCAGCAGCAGCAGCAGCAGCAGCAGCGGUGUGGCGGGAGGCGCGGAGGAGCUACUGGUGCGUCGAGGUGUAUCUACAGGAGCUGCAGUACGAAGGACUGCAGCAAGUGUUUGUGGGGUGUCUGCUGCUGAGCUGUCUGUACACCCUACAGGGGUGGUGUUGGGGGGUGGCUGUGGGGUUUCGGGGAAUGAGCAUUUCGGCUGUAACUGCAGUUUACAGCACAAACCCUCUGUUCGUGUUUGUGUUUAGCUGCUGCUGCAGCAGAGCAGCAGCAGCAGCAGCAGCAGCAGCAGCAGCAGCGCAGCAGGCCGUGGCGCUGCUGCUGGGCUCGCUGGGCGUGGCCCUCAUCGCCUACAGCAACCAGGGCGAGCCCCAGUCUGCUGCUGGAGUUGCUUUUGCUGCUGCUGCUGCUGCUGCUUACGGGCUGUUCGAAGUGCUGUACAAGUUUUAUUUGCUGCAGCAGCGCAGCAGCCACCCGCCGCUGUUCGAGCUGCUGGUCUCGGGGCUCAUGGGAGCUGCUGCGCUGCUGCUGCUGUGGCUGCCGCUGCUGCUGCUGCUGCUGCUCGGCUGGGAGGCGCCGCCCGCCGGCUGCCCCUCGCCCCUCGUGGCCUUCCUGCUGCUGCUCAGCUGCUGCUGCAGCGCAGCCUACUGCUUGCUGCUGCAGCUCGCGCUGCUGCUGCUGCCUUCCCCCCUUCUCGUGGCCUUUUGCUUCUUCCUUUCCCUUCCUGCUGCUGCAGCAGCAGAUGCUUUAAGGGGAGAGGGCGGCGGCGCCGGCAGCAUCGGGCUGGCCUUCGUGGCUUUCGCGCUGCUGAUUGCUGCAGCAAACGAGGCCAGCCUCAAGGACGCAGAGCAGCAGCAGCAAGCAGCAGCAGCAGCAGAGCAGCAGCAGCAGCAGCAGUUGCUGCUGCUCCCAGACGCAGGGGACGCGCGCAGCAGCAGCGAAGACCUGCUGCCCAUCGCAUGA